AUGAUCAGCAUCCUCUUCCUGGGUCAAACCCAAGCUCAGACACGCCCCAGUCCCCGCCGGCCUCCACCUCCACCUCCACGCCGGCCUCCACCUCCGCCUCCACUCCGGCCUCCACCUCCUCGCCGACCACCACCUCCACGCCAGCCUCCACCUCCACCACCAUUAACUUGCCUACCGUGUAUUUGUCCAACACUACCACCGCUUCCACCAAUCAUUCCACCACCACCGCAGACUCCACCUCCGGAAACUCCACCACCAUAUAUUCUACCAAUAUACACUCCACCACCUGACACACCUCCACCAGAUAUUCUACCAAUAUACACUCCACCCCCGUAUAUUCUACCAAUAUACACUCCACCACCAGAGAUUCUACCAAUAUACACUCCACCACCUGACACACCACCACAGGAGACUCCUCCACCAGAGAUUCUACCAAUAUACACUCCACCACCAUAUAUUCUACCAAUAUACACUCCACCACCGGAGACUCCACCACCAGAGAUUCUACCAAUAUACACUCCACCACCUGACACACCACCACCGGAGACUCCACCACCAGAGAUUCUACCAAUAUACACUCCACCACCUGACACACCACCACCUGACACACCACCACCGGAGACUUCACCACCAGAGACUUUACCAAUAUACACUCCACCACCACCUCCUCCACCAUAUGUACAGACUCCACCACCUCCUCCACCAUAUGUACAGACUCCACCACCUCCUCCUCCAAAGUCUCCACCACCCCCUACAUGCCCAAGGAAUGCCGGCCAGGUAAGGGCAUGUUCCAAUGUCGUGAGACGUUACGGAAAUUACCUAGACUUUGGAAGGGCGCAGCCAUGUUGCAACCUCAUCCGCGAUCUAUCUGAUGCUGAUGCAGCUGCUUGCCUAUGCGAUUUGGUGCAACCACGAGGUUCACGACCUUCCCCUCCUUCUCGCAAUAUCACUGUCCUUUGUAGGGCUUGUGGCCGCAGGAUCCCCCGAGGCUUCACCUGCCCAUAA